AUAGUAAUUAAAAUAACUUUUCUGUCUGUAGGCAGGGACCGUGGUUUAGACUUAUUAACCCACCUGCAAUCUAAAUAUUGACCCCCUGGGCCAAAUAUUUUAAGCUAGGGCUAUUCAGAGCAGUCAGGUAUCUGAUAAUAUACAAACUCAAGCAAUUAGUAACUAAUCAGUAUGGUAGGAAUUUAGUGUGAGCUAGAGAAGUUCUGAACUUCAUGGAAGAGGUAGGACUGUAAGCUUGGUAGGCAAAGGAUUUAGAGAUAGGCCUAGAAGAGCAAGGGAGGGCAUUUAAUCAGUGAAGUGUGGGAAGAGCAGAGGCUGAGCAAAUGUGAAAAGGUACUGCAAGUUGGGUGGAGGUGGGGACUGAGAGAUGAGCAUGACUGUACAAAAUGCACAAAUUCAUGUUGUUCUCACCCGUCUAUUCAGAGAGGAGUUGGGGUGGUGUGUAGUAAAUGUCACAUAAUAUUGGAUGUGUGGGCUCUUGUGCUGAGACAUCAGCACUCCUGAUCAGUAACCCUGAGUGGCUGAUAGAAUUGACUAGGAGGUUGCCCCUCUUUUUUCUCUUGAGAAAGACCACUUCUGAUAGAGGAGAUUGAGCCUCUACAGCCAUUUUUUGGGUUUUCACAAAUACAAGUUUCAGAGGGAAGUGAAAUUAAUUACAUGUUGUGUAUUUUAUUCAUUCAGCUAGGUCAUCAGGCUAGAAUUUGUUUUCUACCCUGCAGGAGCCCCAUCUCUGCAGUGGUCGAGUCUCACACCAUGAAUACCAGGCCAAGCACUAAGGAGGAUUAGAUAACCCAGCUUAGAGGCAUCAACCUUCACAUAGGAGUACAUCUGAGCAGAACAUUGAAGACUGAGUAGAAGUUGGUCAGCUGUGGGAAAGUCCAGCUUUGUGAAGUUACUCACGAAAACUUACCCAGAGUGGCACAUAGCUACAGAACCUGUAGCAACAUGGCAGAAUAUCCAGGCCCUUGGCACACAAAAAGACUCUGCCACCCAAAGCAUUGGAAACUUGCUUGAUAUGAUGUACCGGGAGCCAACACGAUGGUCCUACACAUUCCAAACAGUUUCCUUUAUGAGCCGCCUGAAAAUACAGCUGGAGCCCUUCCCUGAAAAUCUCUUGCAGGCCAAGAAACCAGUACAGAUCUUUGAGAGGUCUGUGUACAGUGACAGGUAUAUCUUUGCAAAGAAUCUUUUUGAAAAUGGUUCCCUCUCGGACAUCGAAUGGCAUAUCUAUCAGGACUGGCAUUCUUUUCUCCUGCAGGAGUUUGCUAGCCGGCUCAAAUUACAUGGCUUCAUCUACCUCCAGGCUACUCCUCAGGUUUGUUUGAAGAGACUAUACCUGAGGGCCAGAGAGGAAGAAAAAGGAAUUGAGCUGGCCUAUCUUGAACAGCUUCAUGGUCAACACGAAGCCUGGUUUAUUCACAAGACAACUAAGCCCCACUUUGAGGCUCUGCAGAAUAUUCCUGUGCUGGUGUUGGAUGUCAAUGAUGAUUUUUCUGAAGAGGUAACCAAACAAGAAGAACUCAUGAGAAAGGUAAAGACCUUUGUAAAGAAUCUGUAACCAUGGGGCAGCACCUGUGGCUCAAGGAAUAGGGCGCCAGCCCCAUAUACUGGGGGUGGCAGGUUCAAACCCAGCCCCUGGCCAAAAACUGCAAAAAAAAGAAUCUACAACCAAUACCAUAAUGUUCUGGCUUGAUCUGGACUCUCUAAAGUUAGAAAAAUGUUGCAUCUCCCACCCACCUUUCCAUCCCCAGCCUCUUUCUCCCCUAGAGUACUCUAAACUCAUGGGGGAGAGUUUGUGUUAGCUUCAGACUAUUCCUUUUUCUUCUUCUGUAUCUCAAAGACUUUGAAAAUAAAGUUUACUUACGUUUUGCUUAUUUUUCUAA